AUAUGGAUGAAGACUAGCCUAAUGCUUUGACUUACCAUUGAUUAGUAACCCACUAUCCGUUUUCAACCCCAACAGAAAGAGUAGGAUCAUGCUGAAGGCUUCAGCAGCGGUCAUCAAAAGCCCCAACUUCUCUAUCCCCACCUUAUCCUCAUUCCACCGCCAAGCUCACUCAACACCUCUAUCAUCAUCAUCAUCAUCAUCUCUGAUUGUUUCAAAUUUCAAAUCGGGGUCGCCUCUCCAACGGCUACUUCUCCUGCCCAAAAUGUCCACUUCUUUUCCUUCUUCAACAGAACCAAGGCCAAUUCCUCCUCUUUCAGCUGCCUAUGGAGAUCAAGCUCCCUUGCCUGAGGCUCCAGCCAAGGUGCUCCGCCGGAUUCUCGAUUCGCCCGGGGUUCAUCAGGGCCCUGCCUGUUUCGAUGCUCUCAGUGCACAGCUUGUGGAGAGAGCUGGAUUUCAAUACUGUUUUACUAGCGGAUUUUCAAUAUCGGCUGCUAGAUUGGGCUUGCCAGAUGUGGGUCUCAUUUCCCAUGGAGAAAUGUUGGAUCAAGGGCGACAAAUCACCCAAGCUGUGUCAAUUCCUGUCAUUGGGGAUGGGGAUAAUGGAUAUGGGAAUGCAAUGAAUGUUAAGAGAACCGUCAAAGACUUUAUUCGAGCUGGCUUUGCAGGGAUCAUUCUUGAAGAUCAGGUGUCUCCAAAAGCUUGUGGUCAUACACGUGGUAGGAAAGUGGUGUCUAGGGAGGAAGCAGUGAUGCGGAUAAAAGCAGCCAUUGAUGCUCGUAAAGAGACUGGCUCUGACAUUGUUAUCGUAGCACGAACUGAUUCUCGUCAGGCUGUGUCUUUUGAUGAAUCACUCUGGAGAUCACGGGCUUUUGCUAGUGCUGGAGCAGAUGUCCUUUUCAUUGAUGCACUUUCUUCAAGAGAAGAGAUGAAGGCCUUCUGUGAGAUUGCUCCUUUUGUUCCAAAAAUGGCUAAUAUGCUUGAAGGAGGGGGGAAAACACCAAUACUCAAUCCCAUUGAACUUGAGGAUGUUGGAUAUAAAAUUGUUGUUUAUCCACUUUCCUUGAUUGGUGUAUCUAUUCGAGCAAUGCAGGAUGCAUUAAGAGCCAUUAAAGGAGGCCGAAUCCCUUCUCCUGGAAGCAUGCCAACUUUUGAGGAAAUUAAGGAAACUUUAGGUUUCAACUCUUAUUAUGAAGAAGAGAAGCGCUAUGCAACCAGCACGGGUCAGGUGUCUUGGCAGAGAGCAAGCAGCAAUACAUACAGCAGUCAACAGAGGGCUCAAGAUGAUACACAGCAAAGAGGUCAAAAUUCACAGGAUCCUGUUGUGGAAGUGUUAACUCCUGAUGCGUACUAUGGUCCGGAUGGUUCAAAGGUUCCUUUUGCAGGGAUCUGGUCUCGCACAUUGAGAAUCAAAAUCACUGGAAGAGAUGGAAUUGAUAAACUUGAUGUCAGGAUUCCUGCUGGAUUCUUGGAAGGAAUCACAAAUAUAGUUCCAGCUCUCGGGGGGGUUAACAUCAAAGAACUGUUGGAUGAUGCAGCAGAAGAGUUAGGCGGGAAGCUGUUAAUAGAUUUUAACGAUGCAAUGGGCGAUAGGAUUCAGGUCUUUCUGGAGUAACAGAAGUCAACAAUCUCCAGCAGUAUGAAGAAUAUCUUGGAUGGAAUGAUUUUAACCAAGCUUUGCAUAUUUCCUUCAUGUAACUCACUCACAAAUCAUUUUGAAGUGGUGGAAGAUAAAUUAAUAUUCAUCUUA